UUGACUGCGAAAGCUUGAAACUGUCGUCACAGAUGUUUGUACGUCGUCUGUGUUAGAUAAAUGCAAACACAUUCGUUUCAGUUGGAGCUUCUUGAUUCAAGCCGUUACCAUGUGGAAAAUUGCAUCUUUGUUCUGGCUUCUUGUAGCUUUUGGUGUCAAUGAUGUUCACUUAAACGGAGAAGGAAUACGUUGGACUAUAACUACAAAAACAGGGGAUAAAGAGCACGCUGAUACUAACGCCGAUGUGUUCAUCAUCUUGAUUGACCCUAAUGGACAAAACUCCAAGCCUUUACGAUUAGACGAACUUUGGAAGGACGACUUUGAGCGAGGUGAUACUAACACCUUCCGCUUCCGACACUGGGGUGACUUCAAGGAAGUAUGCUCUAUCAGAAUCUAUCAUGAUAACAGUGGCGAUUCCCCUGGCUGGUAUCUGCGAUGGGUGGAGGUGAAAUCUGAGGAAAUGACAGUACCACGCAAGUUUAUUGUCAACGACUGGGUCCCAACACAAGAAGAAGAGAGCAAUGUCAACUUUGUAAUACAGCGCACGCCACCGUGUAGAGACGGUCCCCUACCAUGAUGGAUCAACGUGGCAAUGGUAGACAGCGGAUGACAAGGAUGGAGAGAAGUAACGUGGCGUUGGAGCAGAUUUCCUGAGGUCAUCUUACAGUACUGCAAACUGAAAUUUUGUUUUCACCGUCUAAACUUUGAAGGCAUCCAGGACUGGAAUACUUGCUGAAAUUGCUUUUAUUUGUAGAAACUUUCUGGCAUGUCAUAAUAAAGAUCGUCUGUUCAUGCAUGAAUUUUGGCUUAAAGGCUUGUGAUAAGGCUCUGGCGACGGUCAAACGUUUCAAAAAUAUAUUUAGUUACAAUUACAGAGCACGAGAGCACUACAGCAGAAAAAAAAUAUUCAUUUCUGACAUAAUUAUCUCUGAAGACUAGGAAAAUGUUCCACAUGGACAUAGCAGGUAGGACUAACUAAUAUUGUGUCAAAGUGAACAGAAAGUGAACGAAUGCUUUACCUUCAAGCACUUUAAAUAAACA